AUGUUAAAGGACCAACCAAAGUUUGCCGAUCCUAAUAAUGCUAGAUCGAGAUCAUAUGUGCCUCCAACUUCAGAGGCAAUAUCUAUUAGUGAAGGGGAUUGUGGGUCCGGACUUGGUGACACUUCUAACUUGGAGAGACCUAUUGGUAGGAAGGCCGAAAAGGCCAUCCGAAAGAACAAAGCCACCGGAAAAGAUGUAGGGGAAUAUUUGAACAAAAAAUUGAAAUUGAUUGAGGAUGUAACUCGGUUGGAAGAGGAAAAAAUGUCUUUGAGAGGGAAAAACUUGCAAUUGAAAAGGCAAGUUGCAUCCAUGAAUCACUUUGUGAUUCGCAAGUUCCUUCUUGAUGACUCAGAUGAAGAUGAGAUAAUCGAAGAACUUGUUAUGGAAGCAUCACAACCUAAGCGUCGUCGUCGUUCUAUCCAACGUAAUCAUUUGGUAGGCCAUGAGAGGCUUUUUCUUGAUUAUUUUGCUCUCACACCAGUAUAUCCACCUACUUUAUUUCGUAGGAGAUUUCGAAUGAAGCGUUCUCUUUUUCUUCGUAUUCAAUCUCAAGUUGAAGCUCAUGACUCUUAUUUUGUCCAAAAAAGAAAUAGUGCUAACAAACUUGGUUUAUCUUCAUUGCAAAAGAUAACUGCUGCACUUAGAAUGCUUGCGUAUGGAGUAUCGGGUGAUUUGAUAGAUGAAUAUGUGCGGAUUGGAGAAACUACUGCAUUAGAAAGUUUGAAAAAAUUUGUUACUGCGGUAAUUGAUGUUUUCUCUGAAGAAUACUUGAGAAAGCCAAACAAUGAAGACAUUGCUAGACUGUUAGCUCACGGCGAACGUCGAGGUUUUCCAGAGGCAGUAGCAUCAUAUGAUCUUUGGAUAUGGCAUGCAUUUUUUGGAUUACCUGGGUCAAAUAAUGAUAUUAAUGUGUUAGAGCGAUCUCAUGUAUUUAAUGAAUUGGCUGAAGGACGUGCUCCUACAAUACAGUACUCAAUUAAUGGUCAUGACUACACUAUGGGAUAUUACCUUGCUGAUGGUAUAUAUCCAAAGUGGGCAACAUUUGUGAAAACAAUCCCAGCUCCACAAAGACAUAAGUAUAAAUUAUUUGCAGCAGCCCAAGAGGCGUAUAGGAAGGAUGUUGAGCGUGCAUUUGGAGUGCUUCAAGCACGUUUCGCAAUUGUCCGUGGACCUGCACGGUUUUUUCAUCUUGAAACACUCAAAAAGAUCAUGAAAGCGUGCAUAAUUCUCCAUAAUAUGAUUGUUGAAGAUGAGCGAGAAGAUGAGCGGGAUGAUAAUGAAGUGGUAGAUUUGGAUUAUGAACAAAAUGAUGGAGUGGAUAAUCCUCCUCUGCAAAUGUUACGUGAACAAAGUGAUGAAUUUUUGUCAUACAUUGAGAGGCAUGGACGCAUUAGAGACCGAGAAAUCCAUUUUCAACUCCAGUCGGACCUUAUUGAACAUUUAUGGCAAUUGCAAGGCGAGUCGUAG